UAGCUGCAAAAGUUGCUGAACAUUUUCAUUUUGUUUCACAACAGAAUGAAAUUAAACAACAGCAUUUUAAUUUGGGAUCAGCCUAUAAUGAACCAUUGGAGGAUUCUGUUUAUCACGAUUGUGUCGAGGAUGUAACAGAGAAUGUAGAAAAAGAAUAUCCCACAGAAAUUUUUUAUGAUGCUUUGGACAAUGACAUAUUUUAUGAUGGUUUUGAAAAUGGGUUUGCUGACAAUACCAGUGACUUUGACCUGGACUCUGUAUGUUCUGAUUCAGAACAUGCGGCUUCAGACACACUAGAUGACACAAAUGGUCUUGCAGAGUGGGCUGCAGAAUACAAUAUCUCUCAAAAUGCAUUGUCUGCUCUUCUGAAAAUUCUCAGACAAAAAGGCCUAAAUGUGCCAUUGGAUGCUAGAACCCUAAUGUCCACAGACCGCAAGUGUGAUGCCAAAAAUGUAGCAGGAGGAACAUACUAUCAUUUUGGAAUUAGGAAUUCAGUUCUGGCAGAAUUGGCAUCUUUAGAUUUUGAUCUGAGAGAUCUGACAAACACUCUCACGCUUAGAGUUAAAAUUGAUGGUCUACCUUUAUUCCGCAGCAACAAUGUAAGUUUGUGGCCAAUUUUGGGUAGGAUUAAGGAGAUCCCAAAUUCAAAUGUGUUUGUGAUUGGCUUAUACUCAGGUGUGACAAAACCAUCUAAUGUGCAAGAGUAUUUAAAUGAAUUUAUUCAAGAUGUUAAAGUUGUUGUACAGGAGGGUAUUCAGUACAAUGAUGUGCAUUUCACAGUUGCUGCUCCUGAUGCAUUCAUAUGUGAUGCUCCAGCACGUGCGUUCCUCAAAUGUGUGAAGGGUCACAAUGGGUAUUACGCAUGUGAGCGCUGCACUCAAAAAGGUGUUCAUGUAAAUAGGAGAAUGUCUUUUCCUGAGUUGUCUGCAGAACUAAGGACUGAUCAGACAUUUAGGGAAAUGGGUUAUGAAGAGCACCAAGUAGGAGUUUCACCCCUGUCUGAGUUAGAUGUGGGGUUAGUCUCAAGUUUUGUGCUUGAUUAUAUGCACCUUGUGUGUUUGGGGGCGAUGCGCCAGUUGAUUUAUCUUUGGUUAAAAGGGCCUCUGAAAUGCAGACAGUUAGAAAUCUCACUACGGUUUCUGCAUUCAUGGCUUCUGUCAGUAUUUACCGAGGAAUUUUGCUAGGAAACCUAGGUCUCUUCUAGAAAUUAGUAUGUGGAAAGCAACUGAAUUAAGGCAGUUUUUACUUUACACUGGCCCUGUUGUCCUACUUAAGAAUAUACCCGAUACAAUGUAUAGAAACUUUAUUCUUUUGUCUGUAUCGAUAAGAAUUCUUCUUAGCCCUGAUUUGUGCACUGACAACUGCGACUAUGCCGAAGAUAUUUUGAAAAUAUUUGUCAAAGAUUUUGGCAUUAUUUAUGGCCUUGAAUUUGUUGGAUACAACAUCCAUUCCUUGAUACACCUUGCCCAAGAUGCGCGGAACUUUGGUCCUUUGGAUGGCAUUUCCUGCUUCCCAUUUGAAACCCAUUUAGGUAAGCUUAAAAAGAUACGGAGGCCACAAAAUCCUGUGCAGCAAAUUGUUAGACGAAUCCAUGAGAGGCAGAGAGUGGCAAAACAGAAGAAAAUAUCAAUUUCCUCUCCUCUCAAACAACUCCAUUUCUCUGGACCAGUGACUGAUGAACUUGGAACAUGCCAGCAAUACAGACAGUACAAUGAUGGAAAGACAUUCAUUUCUUGCUGUAAAGGUGAUAACUGCAGUAAGCUGCAGUUUAAAGUGCGCGUUCAAAGCAGGUAAUGUGAUUUUUUUUGAAUGGUGACUAGUAAUAAUAAUAUUUAUGUAUCUAAUAAAACUAGUAAGGCAUGCUUCUGAAAUAGUAGUUACUAAUAUUUAUUGGUAAAUGUCUAUCACCUACAGCAAACUAUGGCCUCGCCACAGCGAAGCUGUUGAAGUCUGAGGCGACCUCAGACUUGCAGACGGACUCAGAUUCUGGAAGACGGAUGGGAAAAGGGAAGCGCAAAAGAAGGCCAGUGUGUCUGUCAAGCUCUGAUGAGGAACUCGGUGGUGCUGGGCCUGAUCAUCCAUCCAGUGUGCCUUUACCUCCACCAGUUCCAGAGAACCUCCAACCACAGGCUCCCCACUCACUCAACACCCGUCCAUUUAUUCAACCACCUUCAAUUCCGUUAACGGCUGUUGCUCCAGAACGCCCCAGUAGAGUUUUACAAGAUGCCAGUUCUGCAUUUAGAGAUCUGCAUUUACCUCCCCCAGUGCCAGAGAACCCUCAACCGGAGGAUUCCCACUUGCACAGGACCCGUCCAUUUAUUCAGCCCUUUCCACCUGCAACACCUUUAACGGCUGUAACACCAGACCGCCCCAAUAGAGUUCUGCAGGGUGCCAGUCCUGCAUUUAGAGAUGCCAUGUUUGCACGUCUCCUUACCAUCCUGGAGGAAAUCAAGGAGACACAGAGGGUUCAUGGGAGGAUGAUACAAUCACUCCUCACACAACGGGAUGCAAGUACAGUUGCAGCACUUCCAGAAGACAUUGUUUUCCCCCUGAGGACGGUCUCGGAUGUUGAUGUAAUGGAGCAAAAAUUGGCAGACCCCACCUUCCACAAACGAGUGGUUGAUGUGGUGGCAGAAAUUGGAGGGAGAACUGUGGAUGAAGCCACACGAAGGAUGAUGGCCUUCCUUUUGGACCACCCCCUAUCAAGACAGUACAAUUUUGUUGGCCGCCAUGGGAAGCGAGAGUUUGGGGGGCUCAAACUGUUUGAAGUUGUCUAUGGAAGCUUGAAAAAAAAUCCCCUUACAAACCAAAUUAACAGAAGAGAGGCUGAAAAGGCUGUGUCCAAGUGGCUAAUCGGUGCCAGGGACAGGGGAGGAAACCGUACUGCGAGGGCACGUGGUGGAGAGCAAGAUAGGGCUGUUGGGAGAGCGACAACAGACGAGUGAGAAGCUGCACUGUUGUUUUGUUCGUGAAAUGCUUAAUUUUACAGUUCAGAUAUGCAUAUAUAAUCAAUACAAGUUAUGCCAAAUAAAGUUUGU